UCUACAGGUCGUGGAGAAAAGAUGAACGCCAUCCAGGUGAUUUCCCUCACUCUGCUGUCUGUUCUGGCGGCCAACGCUCAGGUCAUCAUGCCAGGAAGAUGCCCCAAGCCUGCUGUUCAGGAGAACUUUGACGCAGCCAGGUAUCUUGGUAAGUGGUACGAUAUCCAGAGACUGCCUCACACCUUCCAGAAGGGCGAGUGCUGCACUGCCAACUACAGCCUUAAGAGCCCCGGAGUUGUGGGUGUCCUCAACAAGGAGCUGCUUGCUGAUGGGACCAUUAACUCCAUCAGUGGCUCUGCCAUGGCUGAAGACCCAUCUGAGCCUGCCAAGCUGUCGGUCUCCUUCUUUGCAUUCUCCCCCCCUGCUCCUUACUGGGUGCUGUCCACCGACUACGACAAUUACUCUCUGGUCUACAGCUGCACCGACCUUGGUGUGGUGCACGUGGAGUUUGCCUGGAUCAUGAGCAGACAGCCCACCCUGCCUGAGGAGACUAUGGAGGAGCUGCACAGCACCCUGUCCUCCAUCGGAGUCAGAGUGGACAAGCUGGUCACCACCAACCAGGACGCAGAUUACUGCAGUGCCAUGAACUAG